AAGGCCAUACCAACGUUGGAUGAAAACUCUUUGUUGGCCAAACACCAUAUGCUUCACAGUCACCGAAUAGAUUUAGAGAAUGUUGAAAUUGUUGACAGGUUAUCGGUGUGGCGACAAAGAUCGAUUCUUAAAGCUUGGCAUUCCCUGCGAGAUAUAAACGCUAUAAACGAACACAUAACACUACCAAACACAUAAGACUAUUGUUACAUUUAAAAAUUCCUUCGAGAUUUAUUUUUAUCACACAUCGUGAACACAUACUAAGCAGGACGCCGUCAGACAUUUCCAUUUUUAUCUUUGCUGAAGAAGGCAACAGUAAUAAACCGAAACGUCCAAAACUAUACAGUUUUUAGUCAGUGUCAACUUUUUCUUUACUCUUUUUGACCAAUCUUUUAAACUUCCGCCAUUCCUGACCAUUUCUUUCUAAUCCUUUUCACAGGCAAAAUGGCUUGCUGCUUAUAAUUCUCUUCUUUAUUUCUCCUGUAAUUCAAUCAGAAAAGUGGCAAGAGUUAAUUUUAACAAUGCUCUUCGUCGUCUUCAUUUAAUUUCAUCAGUCUGAUCAAGACGUCAUGUGAUCUCUUGGUCAGAUUUGAUCGAGAUAAAAUUUCUUCGGAAAAAAAUAAUACUUUGGGAAAAAGCCAACACGAGAGAUUAAGGACCUGAACCGUAGAUUUUUUAGCUCCCACUUUCAACCAAUUCACUUCCAAGAUCUCAUAAGUGUUUCUCCUUGGCAUACAAUUCUUUUGAUGGUAAUGGAUCAACGGAUGAUUUAUAUUUUGCUCUAUGUUAAUCACUUUGCUAAAUACAGUAUUGAUUUGGUAAGGUGAAAUUCAGUACUAAUCACUCGUGGGAGUGAAAGGUUAAUCCACCAAAGUGAGAGAUGAAUUUUCUCUAACAAACGAACGUAGCUAUCUUUCCAAUGCUGAUGCUCGUGUCAGAAUUGAUUUCCGAAAGUCAUAUUGAUGCUAGCUGUAUCAUGUCCUCCACAGCACCAACGAAAUAACAAGUUUAAGUUCAUGGUCGGAAUUUCCAAAUUUCCGCGAUAAUGGACGACUUCCAGGGAUCGACAAAAAUUUUUAAAACAAGACUCCGGAAACAUUCUGUCCUAUUCGAUAUUUGAGUGGAAUUUCCGGAAUUUGUUAUUGAAUGGAACUAUUUUGCAAUUUGUGAAGCCAAGAAAAAAAACCCGGAUUUCAUUACAACUUGCCUUUGAGUUAUAGCCAAAAAAAAAAAAAAAACUUCAUUUUGUUUCAACAAGCGACUUCGGACUAUACGGUUACAAUUGCUCGUGCUAAAAAAAACCUUAUCAGAUACAAAUUACGAAGGAAAGAAAAUGCAUAGGAAUCGAAAGCAACAUGAUAUCUGUGGAAAAAUUACAAGACAAAGAUGGUUACAAAUUCGCGCCUUACCCUCAUGGGGAACAAGAAGUAUUUGACACCCAUAAUUGUCAAACUGGAAGAACUCGGUGCGCAAACUCACAACUUAACUUCACCUCUUUGAUCUUAUACAAGUUAAAAAACAACUGUUCUCACGAAAUUUCCCAUCUGGCGUUAGCCCUUCGCUAAGCUACUUGAUGAAAUACUUGUGAAAACAUGGCCAGUGCUUGUCAUCCACAGUCAAGAGUUUGUAACCCACAAUUGCAAAUAAGAUUUGUAAGUGUCAACUUUGACUGAUGAAACGGUUCGAUUGCUCCUGAUUAUCUCAGUAACGUACUGUAUCAGAAGUAUAUUGCUAUGUAAUAUGGAGAAUUAUCGGUGCAGUUGACGAACCAAUAUUUACCACUUUUGGGCCCCGGAACAAUUAUGUAAUGACUACUCUAUAAUUUUGCUCGAUUCCAGGUAUAAAGAGCGCUCCCGACAUCUCGCUUGCUCGUUUAGCUGGUAAUAGGACUUAACUAGUAUUUGGAAGGCACAAGUUGAGUCGAACUUCGUUUGUGCAAUUGUUGUAGUUGCCGCUCACCAGUGAGGGUAAUCUUUUUCUUCUAUUGCAAUAGCAUGUUAGCACAUGUUUAACAUUUAUCAGAUAAAGAUGUUAACGGUUGUUAGAUACUUCCUGUUGAACAGGAAAUGCCGAAACAAGUCGAUAUUCAGAUAAUUUUGAAAGACUAGCUGGUUUCUUAACACUAGCCGAACCGACGCCAAAUUAUAUUCCGGUAAUAUUAUAAACGUACAAGUUCUCGUAAACUCCGCAAAAGACUGACGAAAGACCAACUAUAAAACAAAGGUGCGUCUUGUUACGACCCUUUGUCGGAAAUUCGCAACAACAUAGAAGUAUAAGUUCUAUUUUAAUCAAGUGGUAACGGAAGUUCUCAGCUUUCAUGAACUGAAACAGAAAAGGUUUAUCUCCUUUUGCCUCCUUCGCCUAUAUCAUAAAAGAAAAUUCACGCGGUUUUUUUGUCAGUUUUUGGACGGAGCACGAAGGAGGCGUGCGGUAAGAGAAAGGGAAUAAGUAAACUUGGUGAACUUAGUAGUAAGUUAAGUCCCAUCAGUCUUCGCCAUUAUACUUUUUAUGAAGAUUUUUGAUUUUUGAUUUUGUUUAAGUUGUCAAAUUAUAUUAACAUUUUUAUUAUUAGUAUUAUAAUUUUAUUUAUUUAGUUAUUUAUUACAUUUUUCUGCAGCUUUUAUGAAUAACACUGCAAACGAAACCCGAAGAAUUACAAUGAGGAAAGACGAACGAAAACGACAAGAAAUAGGUAUGUAA